UUCGUGUCGUGUUUUUGAUUGUAGAAUUUUGGCGUUUUAAAUAAUUUCCUUGAAUAUAUCGUUAUAUUUUUUACACAAAAAUUUAAUUAGAGAGUUAUAUGUUAUUUUUUUUUUAUAAUUACGUAAAUAUACAAUAAUUAUGUGCUUUGAUAAAGUUGUUUUGUCUUACUAUUUAAGCAUUGUGUUUUAACAUUUCGGUAUAAUGUCCAACUUAUCAACUUUAAGUACAAAAAAUCACACCAAAAAACAAAAUAGCAGUCGUGAUCGUGACAGAAACAAAUCCGUUGCCUCCGAGUCUGGUGGUUCCAGCCAGUGUGAUACUCCACCACUAAUAGAAAAGGAUGGAGGUACAUCGCAAGGCAAGUUUGCCGGAGUCGGCGCUGACUCAAUCCAAUGUAUGGCGGAACAAAUUGGUGCAGAAAUUAAUGCUGAGGCAGCAACAAAUCUCGCUGAAGACGUUAGUUACAAACUCCGACAGACGAUUAGUACAAUUGCGCUACACAGUGAGAUGAUGAAGAAGAAAUGUAUUGAUAGCUGGGAUAUUAAUACAGUACUCACACUCUCCGAUACCAGUCCCGUUGUAGGUGCGAGUGUGCCACAGUAUGUUUCAGUGGGAGAAGAAAAACUGUGUUGUGAAGUGGAAACUCUUAUAAAUAUACCGGAAUACUCAAUGACCACACAGACAUAUGUGUUCUCUACUUUACCAACUGUAUCCGUGGAAUGGAUAACAGAUGAUAAAAGUUUAAAUAAUAGCAAUAAUAUUAGUAUUAAUCUACAAAAUUAUUAUACAAAAAUUGCAAGAGCAAUAUUAAAUCUAAGGAAGAAACCGAAACAGCUAGCAGUAGAAGAUCUCACAACGAACACCCGUAUCGGUCCUAUAUUUCCAAAUCUCUUUAAUCUCGCCGUGCUAGUUCUAAACGAUGAUAAUUUGAAUGCUCUGAAUGUACCGGCGAAGAAACCUUUACAGUCGAAUGUACUGGACAUGGUCGAUGCACUCUGUUCGAACCCUUGCAGCUUGGAUACAAAUAUACAGCAACAGUUCCAAAGACUGUUUCCGGUUAUGGUGUCAAAUAUUUUAGGUAAUGGAACGCUAGCAGAGAAGAUGGUAGCAAUACUUACUAAAAUAACGCGAACGUGGCCUUCGUUUAUUGCAAUAGGAAAGGGCAUAUUAUUCGAUUACUUAUCGCAAGGCACGAAGGAGCGUCUGACGGCACCGAUGAUACGAUGCUUGAUGGCAUUGGGGAGGCAGGCCCUGGUGGAGUGUUUGGGUGAACAUCUCGAACACAUAGACGACCGCGUGCACGCACAGCGACACAAGCACACGCAGAGAGACCUCCGGGAGACCAUACUCGACGUCUCGACAUGUCUCCUUAGAUCUGAACCGACAAAUUUUUUAGAGGAUUAUGUAAUGACUGACUACACUUUAUAUGAAAUGUUAGGAGAUUCAAUUUUACCGAGAAGAACUUUAUUUCCUGUCAAAGAAACGGACUCGAAAGAAAAAGUCACCACCGAGAGAUCUUCGGAUGAGGAAUUUUCCUAUAUACCUCUACGGCCCGCCGUCAGACGGCCCAGGGUCCGACUGAUCCCGCAGCGUAAAAACGGAUCUAUACACAGGGAGGCCCCGUUCGAGCCUACGAAAUUUAAAGGAAAAAUAAACACGAUACACAUAAGAAUAAAGAACUGCCGAGCGAUCGACGUGUCGAGCGGGAGGGGGAGGGGGAGCGCCGCGCCCGUCGGCGGGGGGAGCGGCGGGGGCGGCGGGGGGGUGCUGGUGGCCAGCGGACUCUUAAAUAGGUUUAGGUAUAGAUUAAGCAAACCUGCCGCAUUUCCAAUAUUUGGAGCUUUAACGUUUUAA